GAUGAUUUUGAAAUUUUCAGUAAUCGUUCAGAUUUUGAACGUAACAGUUUAGAUUUAAAUUAAAAAUACAGAAAUCAAAUCAUAUAUAAACUUUGAAAUGAAAAGAUUCACACUCACACUAAAUUGUUAGACCUGAAAGAGAGAGGAUAAACAUUGAGUGGUGUCCAACCGGAAGCUAAAAAUAUUUGUAUUAACGGUUUUUUAAAUGAAAAUAAAAAAUUGCAAACAUUUAACGAGAAAUAAAAUUGUUAAAUAAAAAAACUGUUUAUUUAAAUCGCGUGCGUUGGUUUAUUUAAAAAAAAUAUAUUUAUUUAUUUGCAUAUUGCUGGCAAUUUUGUGCGUGUGUGUUUACCAAAAAAGGAUAUUAAAAGUAUUUCAUUUUAGUUUCGAUUAUUUACAAACUGGUGUUUAGUAAUAUUUGCUAAAAAGGAUUAUUAUAAAAGAUAAUUAAUAUUGCGGGUUAUUAUAAAAAUAAUAUUCAACAUGUUGUCAUUUGUUACAAUAAUCGCCGCGUGUCUUUGUCUAACUGUCUCAUCAGCAAGUGCCUCUGAAGAGCACUGGGGUUAUCCAGAUUAUAGUAAAAACGAAGAAUUUCCUCACUGGGGUGGCAUGUGCGAUAAAGGUAAACGUCAAUCACCCAUUAAUUUGAGCCUUAGAGGAGCCGUCAAGGGAGUUUAUGAUAAACUAGAAGGUGAAAAUUAUGACCAGACCAUAACACAAGCGGCCUUGGUUAAUACAGGACACUCGGUACAACUAUUCAAUUUCGAUUUGAAGUUAAAGUUGAAGGGCGGUCCCUUAAAGAAUGACUACGUUUUGGAGCAGAUACAUUUCCAUUGGUGGUCCGAGCAUACCAUUGACAAUAUCCGUUAUCCUUUUGAAAUGCACAUGGUACAUCGUAAUGUUAAAUAUGAAAAUAUGACUGUGGCCGCUCAAAAUAAGGAUGGCAUUACAGUGGUGGGCGUUUUAUAUCAUGCCUCGAUGGAGAGAAACGAAGCUAUUGAUGAUAUUUUAGAUGAUUUCGAUAAGAUUAAGGAUUACGAUGACAUCAAUAAACCCAUUAAUAUUGAGACUAAAUUUGAGAUUGAAGAUCUUUUGCCAGAAAUCAGAAAUUAUAUUAUCUAUGAGGGUUCAUUGACCACACCCACUUGUGCAGAAGCUGUAACAUGGAUUGUUAUGGCAGAAACUUAUCCAGUGACCAUUGAUCAGGUUGAAGCUUUCAAAAAUCUACAAUACGAUCAGGGCAAAAACUUAGUCAAUAACUAUCGUGCUAUACAACAAACCAAUAAUCGUGCCAUUAUUGUUGCCUCCAAUGACAACCGUUCGGGAGCUGCUACAUUCAGUCUACAAACCUCUCUAUUCAGUGUUAUUUUGAUGACAGUUUUGGCUAAAUAUUUGUACUAAUUAUUGGCAAACUUUACUGAAAAAUUAAGCUCAAACGUUUAACAAAAAGCUCUCUUAUUA